AUGUUUCUUGCCAUUGUAAAGGGUCUUUUGCUUUCAUCAUCUGACGCCUUAUGAGUGUCUACCUGCUACCGCUGUUUGUUUUCUAAGGGCAUUCUGCGUCGGGACUUCCUGCGACUCUGUCUGGAAACCGCAGCUGUCCUCUGCUGUCGUCUGACGCCCUUCCAAAAGGCAGCCGUGGUCAAACUGGUCGCUGAGGGCAUGAAACAUGUGACUGGACGCAAGGCCCCCGUCACUGCGGCCGUAGGCGACGGAGGCAAUGACGUGGCCAUGCUGUUGCAGGCCAAUGUUGGCAUCGGCAUCUAUGGGAACGAGGGCAGACAGGCUGUUUGUGCUGCGGAUUACGCUGUCCCGCUCUUCAAGUAA